AUGCGUAUAAAUAGGUCAAAAGAAAGAUGCAAAUGAAAUUUUCUUCUUUGAAUAAAUUUAAGUAAAUCAUUCUUAAAUUAUAUUAAUAUUGUUUUGCAGUCAUUUUGUAAAAAUGAUAAUGGAUAAAAUAUGUCUGAUAGUAUUAUCAUUGCUGAGUACCGCAUAUGCUAGUAAUUUAUUGAAAUCGCUUGGCUUUCAAACAAAACUUCAAACAACGAUGACAAUUUCAUUUAUUAUUUAUUGGCUUGGAUUAAUUGCAUUUUUUGCAUCUGUUGCUAUAAUCUUUUAUCGAUUUGUACAAGAUGAAGAAAAAGUAAGACAAUUUCAAAUUGAUUCAGCAAACAAAUCAAUGCAAUUAAUGCAUUCCAUACGUACACAAAUGAUCACUUUGAAAUAUCGACGAAUAUUAGCUUUACAAGAAUUAGCCAAAACUACGCUUACCGAAGAGAAACCAGUAAGUUCAACGAGCAAAUCUAUACAUUCCGGAAAGUCUAAACUGAAAAAAUCGACUGAAAAAAGCAAAUAUACGAAAAUUCAUAAAGGAUGA